UACUCCAAAAUAAAAUGAAAAAAAAAAUGCUAUUUGUACAUCCAACUACUCACAUCAUGCGAAAAUAUGUGUAUACAGUAUUGGAGAUGAUGCUACCUCACAACAACUCCAAUCAUUGACCUUUCACACUAAUUAAAGCACAAACCCUAACACACCCUCUCACCCAAUUCUCUGUAAGAUCCACUUUUUCACACAGCUCUCUCUUGUUUCCUAUGGCUUCUCUAUAUUCCCUGAUAUGCUACCACCACCUCUUGCUCUUUCUCAUCGCCGCCGCCGUUGCGGCGGCGUUUACUACGCAUGCCGUCGCCGACGAUAUGACCCAUCUGCACUUCUACAUGCACGACAUCCGCAGCGGGCCCAACGCAACUGCGGUCGAGGUCGUCACAGGCCCCGUCCCCGUACCUUCCGUCCCCGGCGUCAACUUCGGUGACUUCGUCGCGAUCGACGAUCCCCUCACGGAGGGCCCAGCACUCUCGUCGAGGCUCGUCGGCCGGGCCCAGGGGUUCUACUUGUCCGCAGCACUGCAAGAGGUGUCGUUUCUCGUGUCGGCCAACUUCGUGCUGGCCGCCGACGGGCCGUAUAACGGCAGCGCGGUCUCCGUUCUGGGGAGCGACCCGAUCGCGGCGCCUGUCAGGGAGUUGUCGGUCGUCGGCGGGAGCAGGCGGUUUCGAAUGGCCUACGGAUAUGUGCUCUGGAAGACGUACUUCUUCAACGCCACCACCCUCGACGCGAUCCUGGAGCUCGACGUCUACGUCACGACGAAGUGAUGAAUUCGUCACAUCGAUCUCAUCUCGCUCGUUGAGCCCUAUUAUUGCAAUCUGAUAGUAAAGAUAGAAUCGAUGGCGGAUCGAUCACUCAGAUGAUACAAGAUUGGUUUGACUGUCCAUGUCAAAUGCCAAUUAUUUGUUCAAUCAUUAUGUCAAAAAAAUAAAAA